GGUGCAGCAUGCACCAGGCUGCAAGAGUUGCUGCUUCGAAAGCUUUUCACUCGUCUUUAUGUGCCAAACCCACAUGCUGCCUUGCUGCAGACCAUGGCAUCUACUCUGGAGAAGUUCAUUCAUUCUCUGGACCCCAGAGCCCUUCCCAGGGUCCUCCAAAUCCAGGCAGGCAUCUAUUUCCAAGGCUCCAUCUAUGAAAUGUUUGGAAAUGAAUGCUGCCUGUCAACAGGAGAAGUCAUUAAAGUUAUUGGCUUCAAAAUUAAUAAGCUCAUAGCAAGUAUCUGUGAGAAUAAUGAAGUCAGCCGGUUUUCAGCCAAAGUGGAAUUACCACUAAAUUUUCCUGGUCUUUAUAAAGUUGUGGCAGAUAAAACUCCAUAUGUCAGCAUUGAAGAAAUUACAACAAAAGUCUUUAUUGGGCCAACAAGAUUUGGCCAUCCGUGUUUCUACAGCCCUGAGGAUAUAAAACUGACAAACCUCACUAUCAAACACGGUGAGCAGAUCACCUUCAACUCAGUGGAAGAGGUCAAUGGAACGAUGUCUGUGAACUGUGGCAUAGUCAGAAAUAACCAGUCUCAUUCAUUUACUUUGCCCCUUUCACAAGAAGGAAAAUUCUAUGAGUGCGAAGAUGACCAGAUAUACACCCUAAAAGAGAUUGCAGAAUGGAAAAUCCCUAAGUCCAGAGACCGGAUUGUCAAACUUUCCAAUACUUUACACAUAUGGGACUCCUCUAAUCCACUUCCUGAGAAUUUUGAUGGCUGCUUGAUUCUCACACCUGUCUAUGAAGUGCAGGCAGUAAUGAAAUUUCGAAAGGACAUAGUUCAUAUCCUCUCAGAUCUAGAUAUCGAGGUCAAGGAUAUAACAGACUGUUAUGAUAUUAGCUCUUUCCUUCAGCCACUGUCUUUGGAAGAUGUAUUUGAGAGAACAAGCAAGGAAUUUCCUAUGACUGCUGAAAUAAUGGACGGGCCUUCAGGAAGCCAAAAACCUUGUAACUUACUGCAUACAGGGAAAGAGAUCGUCAUCUACCAAAAGCACCAGGCAACAAGAGUCCUAGCCUCUGAGAUCAGAAGCAAUUCCCCGAAAAGACAUUUUUUAAUCCCUAUGAGCUACAAAGGAAAGUUUAAGAGAAGACCUCGGGAGUUUCCAACAGCCUAUGACUUAGAGAUAGCAAAAAGUGAAAAGGAACAGCUUCAUGUUGUAGCAACUAAAGCCUUUGAUUCCCCUCAUAAAGAGCUUUAUUCUGUUUCUGUUGGAGAUCAAUUUUUAGUCCAGCAAUGCCAGACUAGUGAAGUUCUGUAUGAAGGAAGAAAGAAACUCAUAGAUGUUUUAGCUUGUGAACAAAUACUGAGUGAUACAUACAAGAAAGUGCUCCUCCCUAUGUACAUGGAAGGUGGCUUUGUGGAAGUGAUUCAUGACAAGAAACGGUACCAGCUUUCUGAGAUUUGCAAAGAAUUUCGUCUGCCUUUUAAUGUCAAAGUGUCCGUGAGGGACCUUUCUGUUGAGGAAGAUAUCUUGGCUGCCGUGCCGGGUCUGCAGUUAGAAGAAGAAAUCACAGACUCUUAUCUGCUGAUCAGUAGUGCCAGCAGUCCAGUGGAAAGCUGGGAGAUUCCUGUAUAUCGUUUAAACAUGUCAGUCCAUUUGCUCAGCAAAGAUGUCCAGACAGUCGUCCCACCUGUGACUAAGACAACAGUGGAAGAAAUCAGCGACGAGCAAUACUAUAUGGUGCGAAGAUAUGAAAACCAAACCCUUCAUCCACCACCCAGGCCUCCCAAAAAGCCAACAACACUUGCACCAAAACCUGUUUUUGCAGUGCCUAGGCAAGGUGUGUCUGAUGUACUACAGGCUCCAAAGAAUUUCGGUGUAGACACCACCAAGAAAUUGUGCUCAAAUCAAGCUGCCGAUGUUUCAGAAUUACAAUUUAGUUGUCAAAAUGAUUUGGUGCAUCGUGAGAAUAAGAAGGACAUGACUGGGAAAGCUACAUUAGUGGAAACCAGUGUGAUUAAAGGUCUAACAAACAAGGCACUUGGAAAGUGUGAGGCAGAAAAGGAAGAGGAAGAAGAGCACGACUACAACUAUGUGGAUGAACACAUAAUUGAAAACAUAACAAAAGUAUUUCAAGGCACCACUGUUAGAAAUAAGCAUGCACUCUGAAGGAAGAAGAGACAUCUGAAGCAAAAGAAUUCUGAAAUUAACUGGAAUGAAAUAGGAAACUGUGUCCUUCACACAUUAAGAAGAAAAAGCUGCUCAGGAAAAUGUCCUUCUUGUCUCAUGAAGAGCAUAUGAGGCUGUAAUUUAACUAUAAUAAUCCCCUGAGAAACUAAACUGCUUACUUGUCCUAAAUAAGAAGUCAAACCAGCUAAUGUCUUGUGACCCUUUGGAGGGACAAAGUUCUUCUGUACAUAUUUAUUCAUGAGUUUAGAUAAUGAUGCCAAGUCUAAUCCUUCAUUCAUAUUGCACUGAAAUUCCAGUUGAUUUUCUGAACCACUGUAGGGCAUACGCAAAAGGAAUACCCCUUCCUGAAACAGCUGCAUGGUAGUUUCCUUUGUUUUUGGAGAAGGGAAGGGUAGGAAGGGGAAUGAAGGGUUGUCUAAGGUGAACGUCCAUUUUUUAACCAGUCUCAUAUGCUUCAGGUUAAGGCUUAAAACUGGAAACAGCCAGAUUAUGCCACUCUUUCAGGCAACGAUCAAUGCUUUAUUGCACAAGUAGUACUGUUGCACAAGUCAUUCACCCUGGAAAGCAAUGCCACUCCUCCCAUAGGGAAGUGCUACUUAGAAAAAUUGGGAGCACCUAAAUUAGAUAGCAUUGCCAUCUCCAUAACCCCUUGCACAGCUUAAGUUAUGUAGACUCAUGCUAGAGCUGUAUAUUUUGCUAUUAUGUUUGGCAAUUUGCUGCAAACGCAACCAGGAAAGGACAGAAGCUGGAGCUGAAAGAGUAGUGUUUGUGCUAGCCCUCCUCAUUGGGAAAAAGGCACAUGCUGCCCUCUUUAAGACGUCUGGGGAAAGCAGUGUUGAAGAACUUCACCUGCAACUUGUGGUACCUCGUAUUCCCACACAAGCGUCUGGGGGCAGAGGCAGCCUCAGGUGCCUCUCCGCAUCACACAUGAAUGGCCAACUCUACCCCACUGGAGAGAGGGCACGGGAAGGGCAGCACAAUCUCUUCUCCUUUUUUAAAGAAAACAAGUGUUUGCUUUGAAGGAUUUUCUUUUACUUUAUGCUUCUGAAAAUGAAAAAUGAGAGCUAAAUGCUUAUGUGGUAUCUGAAAGGACACAAGACCUCCUUGGCCUUGAAGGAGGGACCUCCUUUGUGCCCUGCUCCUUGUCUGUGAGUGCCGAGCAGCGGCAGGGAGAGCCUCUGCUCACACAGAAAAACAUCUCAGUGGGCUUGGCAGUGAGCAUGCAAUUGGUGCUGAUAUUAGAGCUGCCAUAUUCCUGUCUGGGAUCACUGUGUGCAAUCACACAAGGUGCACAGGUGAAGUGUGCUCAACAUCUUUGGGUGGCACUGGACCUAGUCCUCAUGUUCUGGUCUGAUACUGGUCAUUUAUGGCAUAUAAGAAUAAGAAGUGGGCAGCACAUGCAUAGUGAGCACUGUGUGUCUAAAAGUGUUGGAUCUAGGGCAACUGCAUGUCCCUCUGGCAGUGGUUUGACUCUCAGGGAAAACUGAGAACUGAUGUGUAAACAGACAGUUUGUGUGCCAAGAGUUUACAGACUCAACAGCAGCUUGAUCAGAGUGGCAUAUCCAGAAAUCCCAGACAGCAGGAUGGAGAAAGGGAACAUGUCUAGAAAGCCUAGACAUACCAUAUUUUCAGUCCUACUGAGGACUUAAAAAGCAAAUGCUCACAAAAAUGCCUUAAUAUACUUUAAAGAAAAAGUCUUUUCAUACAUACAGUACAGUGUCUUCAGACUUCCCUAUUAAAAUUCUACUGAAUGAUUAAUUUUCACUAAUUAAUUUAGAAGUUCUCAAUAUUGUCUCACAUUAAUUUAUUCAAGAUAAAUGUUCAUCCUCAUUAAAAUCAGUUGCAAUUUAAGUAUUAAGAAUGUAGCUCAGAGUGCUUUGAUUCCAUGCAUAUGUAGCAUGCAGCAUUUUGCAUAUCACUAGUUAAUACGGAGGCUUGCAGGCAUGUACAAAACUUGUAACUAGCUGACAUCACUUGUGGGUAUUUGAAAUAUGUUUUAAGCCUUUUACACAAAAACCCUUAUUUCUUUUUGUAGCAUCUCAAAACUGUCCCAUUCAUUACGGUAGCAAAUGCAAUCUGGUAUUUGAAUAAAAGGAAUUUGUUGUGUAUUUUAUUGA